CUAUUAUUUCCAUGGCACACUUAUGCAUGAAGUUUUACACUCCCAAUGGAAUCGGGGAGGAAAGUGGUGAUCAAAAGAACGCCCGGUCCUGCUACCUGGAAGCAGUCAAGAAGAUGACCCGCCAGUUCGAACAAAUUGAAAUGGUCUCCCAGCAAGUAGACAAGGGUGAGGAGAAGGCUAGGAUUGAGCCGGAUGCAAACACGGAGGAGAUCCAGAUUGAUGCCUCCAAUCCUGAGAGGAAGGUUAAAAUUGGGGCUGAUCUUCAGGAAGAGUUAAGGACUGAGAUUAUCCAGGUGUUGACCGGGUAUAAAUCAUUAUUUGCCUGGAGUGUUGCUGAUAUGCCCGGAAUUGACCGGUCAGUCAUUUGCCAUCGUCUUUCUGUUCUUGAGGGGUCUAGGCCUGUAAGACAGAAGAAAAGAUUCUUAGCAAGUGAUAGGAGGGAUUUUGUGAAAAAGGAGGUUAAGGACCUACUUGAGGAAGAAGAACCGGCCAGGGCCAUCACCGAACCGUGGUGGUCCAUGUCGGUAGAUGGAGCCUCUGGACCGAAAGGUUACGGGGGAGGCGUAGUAUUCACAACUCAGGAAGGGUUUAAAGUAUAUCAUGCCUUGAUUUUUAAUUUCAAGCUCACAAACAAUGAGGCCGAGUAUGAGGCGUUGAUAGGGGGCCUGAGAUUGGCCAAAACCCUACAAAUCACAUGCCUCAGGAUCAAGUCCGAUUCAAGCUUGGUGGUAGGCCACAUCAAUGGCAACAUGGAGGCCAAAGGAGAGAAAAUGCAGAAGUACAGAGACUUGGCAAGGGCACUAUUGAAGGACAUGACUGAGUAUGUGAUGGAGCAAAUCCCUAGGGGGGAGAACACUGAUGCUGACUUACUAUCAAAGUUGACGCAAGCAGCCCCGAAGCAUGUGUCCAAGCUGGCUAGCAUUGAGACGCUGGAGAAAGCCAGCAUUGAGGGGUUUUCUGUUAGCGUGAUAGAAGAAGAUGGACAAGCCAAUCCAGAUCGAGUGGAGCCAGAUGACAUUUGGAUGGAUGAUCUGGUCAGGUAUUACAUGACCGGGCAAUUCCCUGAAGAUGAGGACAGGGUGAGAAAAGUAAAGUUGAGGGCUCCAAGAUUCCAAAUGCUCGAGGGAAGGCUAUACAAAAGAGCAUUCGGUGGUCCAUUGCUAAGGUGCUUGACCAGGGCAGAGGCGGAAAGAGUGAUCGCCGAAGUUCAUGAGGGUGUCUGCGCCGCCCACCAAAUGUCCAGGACGCUCGCGCAAAGGAUCAUUUUGCUAGGUUAUUUCUGGCCUACAAUGAACCAAGAUUCCGAGAGAUAUGUCCAGAGGUGCAAGAUUUGCCAGGUAUUCUACAAGUUUCCGGGAAUGCCUGCAACAUACUACCACCCAGUUUCCAAUGUUAUUCCAUUCACAAGAAGGGCCACAGGGGAGACACCCUUCGUCCUUACAUAUGGGUGUGAGGCCAGACUACCCAUCGAAGCUAAAAUAAUGACCUUUCGGGAGAAGGUCUAUGAAGAGAAAGGGAAUGAGGAAAACCAUUUGGCAGAGCUAAACUUGUUGGAAGAAAGGCGGAUGGUCGCUGAGGCUAAAAUGACGGAAUACCAGCAAGCAGCCAAGGCCUACCAUGAUAACAAGGUAGGGCCUCGUUAUUUCCAAGUGGGUGAUGAGGUCCUGAGACGAAGGGAGGCUAGCAAACCCGGAGACGGGGGAAAACUUGCAAAGAAAUGGGAAGGCCCAUAUAGGGUCACAGCAAUAUUACGCCCUGGGACAUACAAGUUAGAAACAAUGGAAGGUCGAGAGUUGGAAAGGUGCUGGAAUUCCCACCACCUUAGAAAAUUCUACCGAUAGGCCAAAUUGGCAGGGCAUGUAUUUGUAAUACCCCUUCGAUGAUAAAUAAUAGCUUUCUUCGAUACUUGUGUUGCUGGGUCAGUAAUAGUAAAAUAAUAUGUCUUGAUGUAAGAGGCAAGGUCAAAAAAAAGGAGAUAAACCCUU